CUUAAAAAAUAGUGCCAGUUCUAGAGAGAGAGAGGGAGAGAGUGCCUCUGUUUAGAAAAACAGAGAGAGAUUUCUAUAAAACAGAAUAUACACCGACAGAGGCUUCCCCCAAGCAUUGUCGAGCGGGCCUAGUUUUCUCUUUCUUUGUUCUGCCUUCUCUCUCUAACAUUUUUUUGGAGCACCAUUCAUGGGAGCACGUUGUGCUGUAAUCUCUGUUAUAGUGUUGGUGUGCCUUGUGGCCUUAGCAGUGGGCUUAAGUGGCCAUGGCGAGGGACUAAGAGGGGUUCACAGGGGGCUCAAGAGGCGCGGACCCACGGUUCGAGCCAACGUGACCGGAUGCAACGUCUUUCAGGGGAGCUGGGUCAGAGACGAUUCUUACCCUCUCUACGAGUCCUCCAAUUGCCCCAUUAUCGACCCCCAGUUCAAUUGUCAGAUGAGACCAGACACUGAGUACCUCAAAUACAGAUGGAGGCCGGCCACCUGUGAACUCCCAAGGUUCAAUGGACUGUAUUUUCUGCUCAAAAUGAGCGGCAAAACAAUGAUGUUGGUGGGGGACUCACUGGGUCGAAAUCAAUGGCAGUCUCUGAUAUGCAUGCUUUCUGCAGCGGCUCCCCAAUCAAAAACCGAGUUUAUCCGAGGAGAUCCCCUCUCCACAUUCAGAUUUCUUGAUUAUGAUUUUUCAUUGUCAUUCUAUCGAGCUCCUUAUUUGGUGGACAUAGUUUCGGUAGGGGGAAAGAGGGUUUUGAUGCUUGACUCCAUCUCUGGGAAUGCAUGGAGAGCUGCCGACGUCCUUUCAUUUAACUCUGGACAUUGGUGGUCUCACAAAGGAUCUCUCCAAGGGUGGGAUUAUAUGGAAACUGAAGGUGCGACUUACGCGGACAUGGAUCGUUUGGUUGCAUUUGGGAGAGGGCUCACGACUUGGGCCAAUUGGGUCGACUCCAACGUAGACACAACCAGGACUCGAGUCUUCUUCCAAUCCAUUUCUCCUACCCAUUACAACCCACUUGAGUGGCAGGACCCAAUGGCCAAGAAUUGUUACGGUCAGACCGAGCCAGUGAGCGGGUGGAGCUACCCCGGUGCUUAUCCUGAUCAGAUGAGGGUGGUCCAAGCUGUCCUCAACAAAGUGCAAAAUCCCGUAUAUCUCCUCGACAUAACCACACUGUCUCAGCUUAGGAAGGAUGGCCACCCCUCUGUCUACAGUGGCGAUCUUAGCCCUGACCAGCGAGCAAACCCUGACCGCUCAGCCGACUGCAGUCAUUGGUGCUUACCCGGGCUCCCCGACACUUGGAAUCAACUCUUCUACACCGCUUUGUUCGCUUGAUUCUCUCUCACACACACACACCAGAUGCACAUUCAAUGACCAUACUAGACUCUCUCUCUCUCCAACCCUCCCCCCCUCUUUGUCUCUCUCUCUCAUUCUUAUCAGUUGGGGUAACCCUAUGUACACACUGGUGCCUUUCAAAGUUGAAAGUGAUUCUGAGAGAGCUGUUGAAAUGUACAAUAACCUUAUCAAGUGUAGUGCAAGUCCCUCUACAAUACCUGCUUCUUCCAA